CAUACAGUCAACAAGAUGCUGUUUUACACAGUAGCUUUAUUGCUCCUGGUCGGGGCACAGGGUAACACGCAUGAAUUAGAUAUUCAAAAUCUUAUUGACCUGAGUAGUGCUGAAGACUCAGCUGAUCCAGAGGAUGCGCAUCUGUUAGUUCCCGAUUUAAUAGAAAAAUAUGGUUAUACAGUAGAAGUUCACAAUAUUAUAACUUCUGAUGGAUAUAAUUUGACGUUGCAUAGAAUCCCACAUGGUAUUGAUCAAACUUAUAGUGAGGGAAGGCCAAUUGCUUAUGUACAACAUGGCCUGUUAUGUUCUUCGGCUGAUUGGGUUGUACCAGGACCUGAAAAGGGCUUAGCUUAUAUAUUGGCCGAUGCUGGUUAUGAUGUUUGGAUGGGGAACGCAAGAGGAAAUCGUUAUUCGCGAAAGCACAAUACUUUGGAUCCUGAUGAUGAUGCUAAAGAGUUUUGGGAUUUCUCUUGGCACGAAAUCGCUGUAAUCGAUGUACCAGAAAUGAUCGACUUCGUAUUAAAUAAGACCGGCCAAUCAAAGUUAUUCCAUAUCGGUCACUCUCAGGGAACCACCACCUUCUACAUUAUGUGCUCGGAGAGACCAGAGUACAACGAUAAAAUAAUAGCACACUUCAGUUUGGCUCCAAUUGCUUACAUGAAACACAUGACUAGUCCACUGCUUAAACUCAUUUCCGUCGCUGAAGGAGGCAUCGAAUUCCUUUUGGGUCUUAUCGGAAUGCACGAAUUUAUGCCCACUGACGGAUUUUUGCACAACAUUUCGAAGCCUUGGUGCGAUGAAUCGGUUUUACAACCCGUCUGCACGAAUACGCUGUUCGUGCUUUGCGGUUUCAAUAAAAAUCAAAUGAACAAUACGUUGUUGCCCAUUAUCUUAGGGCACACGCCGGCCGGAGCAGCCACUAAACAACUCCUUCAUUAUGCACAAGAAAUUAAAUCAGGAUUUUUCAGACAGUACGAUCAUGGACUUAUUGGUAACCAGAAGAAAUAUGGAUCAAUCUUUCCACCAAACUAUAAAUUAAAGAAAGUUGUAGCUCCUGUUUAUUUGUUCUACAGCCGCAAUGAUUGGCUUUCCGCUGAAGUAGAUGUAAACCGUUUGUACACUGAAUUGGGUAAUUCUCAAGCGAAAAUGCUGGUCGCCGAUCCUAAAUGGAACCAUUUGGACUAUAUGUGGGGAAUUGAUGCACCACACUUGGUUUAUAACAAAGUCAUUAGUUUAAUGGAACAAUUGUUAUUGUAAUAAUGGAAUGGAAUUUAAUAUAAUUUAAUAAGCAUA